AUGUCCUCAGCAAAGACAGCAGAGCAGGAUGAGCCCAUGCGGCAAUAUGCGCCCGUCGAGGUCACUUCACCAGACAUUGUCCUGGAUGCUGACGCAUCAUACAAGGCCAAGGCAGAGGUCCUGAACCGUGCCAUCCAAACUAUUGGCAUGGGCCGGUAUCAGUGGCAGCUCUUUGUGGUCAUUGGAUUCGGUUGGGCGAGCGAUAAUCUCUGGCCGAUCGUGACAUCGUUGAUUCUCCCGCCCAUUGCGAACGAGUUCCACGCUUCACGACCACCGCUACUUACACUGGCCCAGAACAUUGGGCUGUUGAUCGGAGCUGUCUUCUGGGGAUUUGGCUGUGAUGUCUUUGGGCGCAAAUGGGCCUUCAACUUGACCAUCGGCAUCACAGCGGUCUUUGGCUUGAUCGCGGCUGCGUCGCCGAGUUUUGGUGCUGCCUGUGCGUUUGCGGCGUUGUGGUCGAUUGGGGUCGGGGGAAAUCUGCCCGUCGACUCGGCUAUCUUUCUGGAAUUCCUGCCCGGCUCGCAUCAGUGGCUGUUGACGGUCUUAUCAAUCGACUGGGCCUUUGCGCAACUCCUGGCAACGCUGGUCGCGUGGCCACUUUUGGGGAACAUGACAUGUGAGACGAAGGAGGGUUGCACCAGGUCGGAGAACAUGGGGUGGCGGUACUUUUUGCUCGCGAUGGGAGGACUCGCCCUGAUCAUGUUCGUGGUACGAUUCAUGUUCUUCACCAUCUUUGAAUCACCCAAAUACUUAAUGGGGAAGGGGAGGAACGCGCAAGCAGUGAGCGUGGUGCAUGAGGUGGCUCGGCGAAAUGGCCAAUAUUCGUCAUUGACCCAGAACGAUCUGGACGAAUUGAACGAGGGUCCGUCGCAGGGCCUUUCGGCACGCAACAUUGUUCGUCGGCGGUUGGAUAAACUUCGCUUUGAGCAUAUUCGCGCCCUGUUUGAUACGCCCAAGAGAGCGUACUCGACCACGCUGAUCAUUCUGGUGUGGGCUUUCAUUGGCCUGGGUUUCCCCCUCUACAAUGCCUUUUUACCGUACAUUCAGCAAUCACGCGGCCUAGAGUUUGGCGAUGGAUCGACCUACAUCACCUACCGCAAUUCGCUCAUCAUCGCCGCGAUGGGCAUUCCGGGCUGCCUACUCGGUGGUCUGCUCGUGGAGCUUCCACGCUUCGGUCGCAAAGGCGCCCUGUCUUCAUCCACCGCAUUGACUGGGAUCUUCUUGCUGUCGUCCACUACGGCCACCACCUCCAACGCUCUGUUGGGAUGGAACUGUGCCUACAACUUCAUGAGCAGCUUGAUGUACGCGGUCCUCUAUGCGUACACUCCGGAGAUCUUCUUGACCAAGGAUCGUGGUACUGGCAACGCGCUGACUGCCAGUGCCAACCGUGUCUUUGGAAUCAUGGCCCCCAUUGUGGCCAUGUUUGCCAACCUCAACUCUGCCGUCCCGGUCUACGUCAGUGGAGCCUUGUUCAUCGCCGCCGGCGUUCUGGUGGUUCUGCUUCCCUAUGAGACGCGGGGUAAGGCGAGUCUGUAG